GGGACAGAGAGUGUCAGAGGAAACAGGAACACGGCUACAAAUGCUAUACGAGCUAGAAGCUACACACACACACACACAAUACCUAAAAAAAAUAAUAAAAAUAAAAGGUAGCGUUUUCGCGUCUUGGAAAGCUUCCGGUUGAAGACGCUACACGGACAUGCGCAGUAAAGCCGGGUCCCGCCUGUGGCGCAUGCGCAGCAGUGGCGCUCUGAAGGAACUGAAUGCAGCUGAAAGCAGGUGAAGAAGUGGCGUAUUCCCUCUAGAACUGUGACUUUGGGGGUUUGAGAUCUUCUCUGCAACAGUCUACGCACCAACUAAUGUUAACGGCUUAACCUGAUUUGCAACCUCCUUGCGAACCCUGAUUGUAAAACAACCCUUAAUGCUCCUGUGUGAAAUGAGGAGCAGUAUUCCACCUGUCACGUGCACUGUUCAACUCAACAACCCCACCCACUUGGUUAGCCCCACCCACUCUAUACACAGAGACGGUAUGGGUGGUUAGUCUCGCUGUAGAACGUCUGCUCACGCUGCCCGUGCUUGUGUACAGAGGUCAAAGGUUAUGGGGGAGGACUUUGGGGCUUUUGUGGACUGGUCGCUGAUGGGCGAUGUGUCCUGUGAUGCAGCACCGGGAAAAACUGAAUACACAGAAGCUAAGGAGCGUAAACGCCACGCCCGCUCGGGUCAGUGGGCGAAGAGCCACUCGCAGCGGGCACUGGUGUACCGGCACCUCAUCAAAGCGUUGCAGUGCCGCUCUGUCACACCUGAUGCUAGCGUCUAUCGUGCUGCAACGGAAAAACAGACCAGAAGGGGCAGCGCUACAGAAAGGAAACUAAAGAAUGGUGAUAUGUUAGCUGUGCCUUUGCCUGAAUUUGCGUCCGGAGCUCCUGUUCCUCAUUACUGUUUAAAGCGUGAGGCUGCGAGUUCACUGGGCUCCAUUUUGGAGUGUCUAGCGUCUGAAUUUCCAGAUGUUUCUUAUUGCCCGUUGUUACCUGCCGUCACUGCGCUGCUGCUUCACUGGAGCUCAGAUGAGGCUCAGUGUUUCGAAGCCGUGGCCCGAUUGUUGGCGACAACCCACCAGCAGCGCAUGCUACAUCAAACCUUCCUGGCUCACCGCGCUUCCUGCAUGACCUUUGGUGACCUGGCACGCAAGCACUGCCCCACAGCUCACGAGUACAUUGUUUCCUUGGCAACCGAAAAGAAGGAGGACAUGGCAGAGGUGUACGGAGACUGGCAGCGCUGGGUGUUCGGGGAUCUCCCGUUCUCCCACGCUGCCCGGGUCAUGGACGUCUUCCUGGUCGAAGGGUUUAAAGUGCUGUACAGAGUCGCACUCGCCCUGCUCAAGCUCUACAGGAAGCAGAAACUGGACAAGAGGACGAGCAGGAAGGACUCGGACGGGGUCAGGGGGGACUUGCAAGAGUUUGUGAAGGGUAUCGCGGGCAGCGUGAGUCCCGAUAAGCUGAUGGAGAAAGCGUUCGCGCUCAGGCUCUUCAGCAGAAAGGAGAUCAACCUGCUGCAGCUGGCCAAUGAGAAAGCGCUCCAGCAGAAAGGCAUCACUGUCCAACAGAAGAGGUGUAAUGUGGAUCUGACGGUGAACGUGGACAGUUUCUGCUCUGAUAUCAUCAGUGUGAAGGAGAUCAGGGAUGUGUGGUCGUGGAUUCCUGAGCGAUUUGCUCUGUGUCAGCCGCAUCUGCUGUUCAGCACCUCCACACACGGCUGCAGCCUCAACCGGUUUUAUUCACACUGUGAAGGACAUGAGCCCACACUGCUGCUGAUCAAGACUACUGAUGGAGAGGUGUGCGGGGCGUUCCUGUCCACAGAUUGGGAAGAGAGGAAGCGAGGCGGAAACACACUGAGCUACUUCGGCACAGGCGAGUGUUUCGUCUUUAAGAUGAAGCCUGAGAUGGAGCGUUAUGAGUGGGUCAUCAUUAAACAUCCAGAGUUGGCCAGCUCUGCGUCUGAUCGUGCAGCUGAUACUGACGCUCCAGACCCUAAUGAGAACAUACACUCCCUCCCUGUGGAGGCUCCACCCAACUCCAGCACUGACUCCACCCAGCUCUCACCAUUCCUUGCCACCCGACACUUUCACCUGAACGCUCAUAACACGUCCAUGUUCAUGGCGGGAAACUUUGACUCUAUCAUCAUUGGAGGUGGAGAGGGGAAUGCGCUGUAUAUCGACUCGGAGCUGAAUCACGGACGGACAGGUCGUUGCUCCACCUUCGACAGUCCACCAUUGUGUUCUGAGAGCUUCCAGAUUUCUGUGCUUGAGGUCUGGGGCUUCCAGGAUGCCAUGGCAACCUAACAGCCAACGAGCACACCCUGAGAGAGAAUGCUACAGCCAUCAGUGCUGAGUUGAGCUUAUGUUCUGUUGUAGCACGUGUGUGUAUUAACACUUGUCCUCGUUCUGAUCCUGAGCCUACUGUUCAUGACAUGGUGCACAACCUGUGGACAAAUUCCUGAAAGAAACCCACCAGCAUACUCAAGAAAACUUCAGAAUGAUAAGAGAAAUUAUGCUCAAUUACAUUGUCAGUAUCUGCUAAUAGCUUUCUGUUUUCUAGUUUUUAUUAUUUGUGAUGUCCCUUCCUAAGUAGCAGAUUAACGAUAUCACUAUUUUCGAGUUGAUUAUCAUGGUAAAUUGCCAUAAUGAUAUAUCGUCACACCCUGAACCAGGAAUCAACAAGGUUCUUCAUAUUCAUCAUAAUCUACACACGCUAACAGUGUAACAUAUUCACAGUGUCGCGGUAUAUUAUCAAACCAGUAUAUCACUGUCCACACGCAGGGGACAGAAGCUUGUACAGAAUACCCAUAAUGCACUGCACUCUUGUUUGUUGUUGAUUUUUAAAUCACAAUACGUUGUAUAUCAAUAUUGCUUGUGUUAUAUCUAUAUCACUUAUUAUCUCAUUAUCCGGAGUUACUGCGAGUUUCAGAGAUAAUCGUUAUUGUUCUUGGUUAUUGAUCAUAUAGUGUUUUGAUGAAUGUUGUAUGGAUGUUAGAUAAGCGUUCUAUGUGUAGAUUUGCCAAAUGUCAUUUUAUCAAGUAAGUUUCGUGUUUGUGAAUAGGCAUGUGUGUGUUUUGUAUGAGAAAGUGAAAUGGAACAUUUAAUGAAGUGUGUGUUGUGUUAAAGUAACACGUCUGAACAUAUCAUUAAAAUUGUAAUUGUUUAAAUGUUAGUCUUAAAGAUGAAGCAUGUUGAUGUUAAAAUAACACAUGCUCCUUAACUGUGUGUGUGUUCGUGUUCAACAGUAUUAGCAUUGUGUAUGUGAUAUUAAUUAAAGCAGGACUGUAUGAUAAAUGUCAGUGUUUUAAUAAAGUGUUUAGAGCAAACACUCUAGA